AUGAAUAUCUUCAGGUUAUCAGCUGAUUUUUCUCAUUUAAUAUCCAUCUUCAUCCUCUUGCAUAAGAUGAAGUCUUCUAGUAGCUGCUCUGGUUUAUCUUUCAAAUCACAAGUUUUGUAUCUGCUGGUCUUUCUCACACGCUAUCUUGAUUUAUUCUGGACUUUCACCGACUCCUUAUACAACACCACCUUUAAGGUCCUUUUCAUCAGCUCAUCGGCUUACAUUAUCUACCUAAUGCUCAACGAUUACAAACCUACCCGGGAUCCCAAUUUGGACACAUUUAAAGUCCAAUACCUUCUAGGGAUCAGUGCUAUCUUGGCCGUCCUAUUCCCACAUGAUUACAGCAUUUCGGAGAUACUCUGGACCUUUUCCAUAUGGCUUGAAUCCGUCGCUAUCCUUCCACAGCUUUUUAUGCUCCAGCGCACCGGAGAAGCAGAUACUAUCACCACACAUUACCUCUUUGCCCUGGGACUCUACCGCGCUCUUUAUAUACCUAAUUGGAUUUACCGUUACUUCGCAGAGAACCGCUUCCAGCCGAUACCCGUCGUUGCAGGUAUAGUCCAGACGCUCCUGUAUUCGGACUUUUUCUAUAUCUAUUACACAAAGGUAAUGAAAGGGAAAAAAUUCUCUCUCCCGGUCUAG